UCGCCAGCGCCCUUCCUCCCUCCAACCCGGCGCUCGCCUCCGCCUCCGCCUCCGCCUCCACGCGCGCGCGCCAUCCCUCGCCUCGCGGCCUCGCCUCCGAGGCUACUACACCAGCGGCCAGCCGAUUCAUGCGGCACGCGGCUAGGAGAGCUGCGGCCGCGCUGCUAUCGCCGCCGACUAUCUCACCUCGCUCCACCGCACUGCCAUCGCCGCCGACUUCCUCGUCUCCCUCCUCCCCGCCGCCCCUCCGGCGUCUCCAGUCCCUUCCCGCGAGCGCGCCCGAGGCAGGACUGGCCCGGACUCCCCGCGAGCGCUUCCCCGUUCCGAGCCCCUGCGUGAGAGGCUCCCACUUCCACGAUGCACGCGGGGUGCUCGACGAAACGCCCAAGAGGAGCGCGGCCGCGUGGACGGCGGCCAUCGCUGGCUGUGCGCGCGCCGGCCGGCACGCGGACGGCAUGGGCGCGUUCGCGGAGAUGCUCGCCGAGGGCGGAACCGCGCCGAACGCGUUUGUUCUCGCCGCCGUCCUCAGGUGCUGCUCGGGCCUCGGCGACGUGGAGUCGGGCAAGCGCAUCCAUGGAUGGCUGCUGAGGAACGGGGUGCAUCUGGACCGGGUGCUGUGUAACGCCGUUCUCGACAUGUACGCCAAGUGCGGGGACUGCGAGGGGACUAAGCGGGCAUUCAGAGCCAUGGCCGAGGUUGACGUCGUCUCCUGGAAUAUCGUGAUCAGCGCGUGUCUGCAGAGCGGCGACGUUCUUGGGUCGGUGCAGCUGUUUGAUGAGUCGCCGAUGCGAGACACUUCAAGCUGGAACACAAUCAUCAGCGGCUUGAUGCGGAAUCGGUGCGCUGCCAAGGCGCUGGACCGCCUUUAUCAUAUGGCACGAGCUGGAGUGGAGUUUAAUCACUACACAUACUCCACGGCGCUUGCCUUGGCUGGCAUGCUUUCUUUGCUAGACCUCGGCCGGCAGCUCCAUGGCCGUGUGCUGACAGCUGCACUGGAGACUGACGCAUUUGUUCGGAGCUCUCUCAUGGACAUGUACUGCAAGUGCGGCUCAAUAGAGGCUGCCGUGUUGAUCUUUGAUAGAUGGUCGCAUCUUACCGGCGACAUGAAAUUUGCAUGGAGCACAAUGGUCGCUGGAUACAUCCAGAAUGGCAGGGAGGAAGAAGCUUUUGAGUUCUUCCGGUUGAUGCUGCGUCAAGGGGUUGCUGCAGAUCAGUUCACCCUCACCAGUGCAGUUGCAGCGUGUGCAAAUGCAGGGAUGGUUGAGCAAGGUAGGCAAGUGCAUGGAUGUGUCGAGAAGCUAGGGCACAGUUUUGAUGCACCAUUGGCAUCUACCUUCGUCGACAUGUAUGCUAAGUGUGGCAACCUUGACGACGCUUGCAGGAUGUUUGACAGAGCUCCCAUGAAGAACGUUGCUCUCUGGACUUCAAUGCUGUGCUCCUAUGCGUCCCAUGGGAAAGGUAGGAUGGCCAUAGAACUCUUCAACAGGAUGAUUGCAGAAAAGAUCAAACCAAAUGAGGUCACCCUCGUCGGUGUUCUAUCUGCCUGUAGCCAUGGCAGAUUGGUCAGUGAAGGAGAGCACUUCUUCAAGCUAAUGCAAGAAGAGUAUGGAAUUGUUCCGAGCAUUGAACAUUACAAUUGCAUGGUUGAUCUUUAUGGUCAAGCUGGACUGCUCGACAAAGCAAAUAACUUCAUCAACGAAAACAAGAUUAAGCAUGAAUCUAUUGUCUGGAAGACAUUACUGUCAGCUUGUCGUGUUCACAAGGACAUGGAGCAUGCAAAACUUGCUUCUGAAAGUUUGAUUCAACUGGAGCAAUGUGAUGCUGGGUCAUAUGUUAUGCUGUCAAACAUGUAUGCCACUCACAGCAAAUGGCGUGAUACUUCGAAGCUCAGAAGUUUGAUGCGGGAAAGGGGGGUUCGAAAGCAACCCGGACAAUCCUGGAUCCAUCUGAAGAACAUUGUGCAUACUUUUGUCGCGGGGGACACGGCACACCCGAGAUCAUCUGAAAUUUAUACCUGCUUGGCAAAGUCGAUGGAGAGAAUAAAGGAACUGGGGUACACCAGUAGAAUUGAUCUUGUUGCUCAUGAUGUGGAGGAGGAACAGAGGGAGACAGCUCUGAGGUUCCACAGUGAGAAGCUUGCCAUGGCGUUUGGGAUCAUCAGCACUCCCAGUGGGACUCCACUUCGAAUCUUCAAGAACCUGCGUAUUUGUGUAGACUGCCAUGAAGCAAUCAAGUAUGUAAGCCGAGCCACAGAUAGGGAGAUCGUUGUGCGAGAUUUGUAUCGGUUUCAUCAUUUCAAGGAUGCAAGGUGUUCUUGUGAGGAUUUCUGGUGAAAGAUUUACCUCAACAAUUUUGGUGGCAAAUUUUUCGCACGCUGGUCAAAGUUUUUUCUCCUUCUUUUCUUCCUCCCGCACCUGCACAUUUGCUCCUUCGCACACUCGGUUGUUGCUGCCAGCACCUUUCAACAGCGCACCACCGCCUUUGAGCCCCGCCUCUUCUUUGUAAUGGUGCCAUGGUGAGCGGGCGGUCGUUAUGUUACGAGGAGGGCAUCAUGAUCUGAUGGGUGACAACGGGGGUCCUCGCUGACCAGCUACAGUGAUGGCAGCAUUGACACUGCUCCGACUACUUUGUGUCGUCCUUCCUGGUCGCGUGGCUUCUUCGUGGCGGGAGCAGUGGGAGGUGGACAUGCGGUUGGUGAAGGUAGGAGAGCGAAGGUUGAGGAAGGUGCGGCGAGCUUCAUGUCAACCAGAGAAGGGACAGAAGGGCGCGGCGUCGCGAGGAGGUCGAAGGAGUGCGAGGUGGGACAGGGAGGCCGGGACUGUGCAAUUGGGACCAUGGCGAUCGGAAAAGGGCAGCCCUGGGAAGGCAGCGGCGACUGUGUGCCGAAUGCGAUUGGUAGGAAGCCAGUGUCAGCCCUUGUUCUAAUUUUUUUAUAAUCUGGAACUCCUGUAAAGAUUAUAUCACUCCCGGGGAAGGAUGUUGGUGUUGGUGUCCAUUGGGAUGGAACUUUGAGGCGACCUUUAAGAUCGGAGAGAUGCAUGACUAAACGGCCCAUGCAAAUAAUGGAGGGACACAAGUAGCUCCAGCAGACUUUGGCAAA